CACACUUAAACUGUGGGAUAUUGAAUCUCAAACCUGUGCCCGAACAUAUACUGGCCAUACGAAUGAAAAGAAUUUCGUUGGUCUAAGCGUCUCUUCAGAUUGGAUUGGUUGCGGCAGUGAAGAUAAUUGUAUCUACGUUUAUUAUAAAAAUUUAGACAAGCCGGUCGUCAAAUACAAAUUUGGAAACAUUAAUGCUGUUACG